GGUCCCGUCCCCGGCGCGACGCCGACGCCUCCCCGGCCCGGGUCGGGCGCUCUCGCAGCGGCGGACCCGGGGCGCCCGGCGCAGAGGCCCGGCCCGGUCGGGCCGCCGGCAGAGGCUGCGGUGCACAACGGCUGUUGGCGGGGCCCUAGAAUGGCGCAAAAGAAAUAUCUCCAAUCAAAAUUGACCCAGUUUUUAAGGGAAGACAGAAUUCAACUUUGGAAACCUCCAUAUACAGAUGAAAAUAAAGAAGUUGGUUUGGCAUUAAAGGACCUUGCUAAGAAGUACUCUGACAAGCUAGACUGUUGUGAAAAUGAAAUAGAAAAGAUAAUAGAAGAAAUACGUUGCAAAGCAGUCCAGCGUGGCACAGGAAAUGAAAAUUACAAAACAACAGGAAUUGCUACAAUUGAGAUAUUUUUACCUCCACGACUUAGAAAAGAUAGAAAAAGCCUGUUGGAGACCCGAUUACACGUCACUGGCAGAGAACUGAGAUCUAAAAUAGCUGACACCUUUGGACUUCAAGAAAACUAUAUCAAAAUUGUCAUAAAUAAGAAACAGCUUCAACUAGGGGAGACACUUGAAGAACAAGGAGUGACACACAAUGUAAAAGCUAUGGUGCUUGAACUAAAACAGUCUGAAGAGGACAUAAGAAAAAACUUCCAGGUUGAAGAAGAAGAGCAAAAUGAAGUUAAACUAAAAGAGAAAAGAAUUCAGAGAACCAAGAAGGGCCUGGAGAUACUGGCAGAGAGAGAUGAGAUGGUGGUGGAUCCAGAAACCACACCAUACUUAGACAUAGCGAACCAGACGGGCAGAUCGAUCAGAAUUCCUCCAUCAGAAAGAAAAGCUCUUAUGUUAGCUAUGGGAUAUCAUGAGAAGGGCAGAGCUUUCCUGAAAAGAAAAGAAUAUGGGAUAGCCUUGCCAUGUCUGUUGGAUGCUGACAAAUAUUUCUGUGAGUGUUGCAGGGAACUGCUGCACACGGUCGAUAACUACGCGGUGCUCCAGCUGGACAUAGUGUGGUGUUACUUCCGCUUGGAACAGCUGGAGUGCCUUGACGACGCGGAAAAAAAAUUAAACCUGGCCCAGAAAUGUUUUAAAAAUUGUUACGGAGAAAAUCAUCAGAGACUUGUUCACAUAAAAGGAAACUGGGGGAAAGAGAAGGUGUUGUUUGUAAGGCUUUACUUGCUUCAAGGCAUCCAAAAUUACCACAGUGGGAAUGGUGAAGAGGCUUGUGAAUAUCUCAACAAGGCACGUCAGCUCUUUAGAGAGCUGUAUAUCGAUCCGUCCAAAGUUCACAAUUUGUUGCAGCUGGGGUUUACUGCCCAGGAAGCUCGGCUUGGCCUUAGGGCAUGUGAUGGGAACGUGGACCACGCGGCCGCCCACAUCACCAGCCGCAGAGAGGAGUUGGCCCAAAUAAGGAAAGAGGAAAAAGAGAAGAAACGCCGCCGCCUGGAGGACAUAAACGCUUUGAAAGUUAUGGGCUUCUCCACGCAUGCCGCCAGGCAGGCCCUCCAUCAGGCCAGCGGGAACCUGGACAAGGCCCUGAAGAUUCUUCUCAGUAAUCCUCUGAUGUGGUGGUUAAAUGAUUUAGAUCCUGAAACCAACAACCAUCAAGAAAGUCCUUCCCAGGAAAAUAUUGACCAACUGGUGUACAUGGGCUUUGACGCCGCAGUGGCUGACGCUGCCUUGAGAGCCCUCAGGGGGAAUGUCCAGCUGGCAGCUCAAACCCUGGCUCACAAUGGAGGAAGUCUUCCUCCCGACCUACAGCUCUUGGCGGAAGAUUCUCCGUCAACACCGUCCACGUCCCCUUCCGAUUCCGCAGGUACGUCUAGUGCCUCAACAGAUGAAGAUAUGGAGACAGAGGCCAUCAAUGAAAUACUGGAAGAUAUUCCAGAACAUGAAGAAGAUUAUCUUGACUCAACUCUGGAAGAUGAAGAAGUUAUUAUGGCAGAGUACUUGUCCUAUGUAGAAAAUAUAAAGUCAGCAACAAAGAAAAACUAAACAAGUACUGUGUUAAGCUUAUAAAUUCUCAUUAUGAAAAGUCUAACGCAGAUCUUCAUUUUUUCUUCUUUUGAUCUGAUUUGUUUCAAGAGUACUUCCUACUGAGGCAUAGGAGGGGCGGGCAGGGAGCAGGGACCUGCAAACUAAGAGGAGGCUUCGUGGGGUGGGGGUGGGGGUGGCUGCUGGUCCCUAAAGCCGUCUUGGGGAAGGACCUGCCUCUGGGCCAGUCUUCCCAUUCCCUGGCUGCCUUCAGAUUCUGCACCCCUAAUGCCCUCCCUGCUCCAUUUCUUUUCACCCGGGAAUGGGAAGGGCAGUUGAAACUUCUGGAGACUGGGCGGCCCCUGGGGAAGUCUCCCGGGAGAGGUCCUGGGGGACCGUGUGCACCUCUGUCUCCUCUUCCCCGUGCCCUGCUCUCCUGCCUCCUGAGCCUACUGCUGACCCCUUCCUUCCUCCUGUGAGGCAGCCCUGCCUUCCUGCUCCAGCCUCACUGCCCCGUCCCUAAACUGUCCUUGAAGUCUUCAACCAUUCCAAGUGCUUUGGGCCUGAAGAUGCAGCAGCAUCUUUAGUGGCCGUACCAAAUUGUGGCAGAUGCCUUCAGCCUGAAACAUCAGUGUUUUAUGCUCUUAGUUUAAAAUUAUGCACUUGAGAUUCAAGGUUAAAAUUCAGAGUUUAUGUGUAUUUGAAAUUCUUUACAAAAAUAAAGUCUUUUAUUAAAACCUUAAA